GACCACGGAGUCGCAGCAGGCGGGAGGGAAGUGUGGUAUAAGUACGCAUGCCCAGGCGUGCCAAUGUCCCAACGACGACCAACGGGUCGAAGCUUGCUCUAGACGCUGCCCAACUAUACCAUAACCCUACUCGGCAGUCAAACACACCCAAAAGUAACACGGCAGCACCAACUCCCUGCAAUGCCCACGCUCCACUGGACCAUCAUCGCCGCCGCCCUCGUGCUCCUGCGCCAGGCCGGCGCGGCGCAGCAGGAGUCACCGCAGUGGCACCGGCAGUGGUGGCGCGGCGCGGCGGGCAAGUUGCCGACGCUGCUGGCGCGGGACAACUACAACGCCUCGGACGUGGUCAACAUCACGGGCCAGGACCUCUCGCGGCCGUACGCGGGCGCCGACCCGACCGGUCCGUCGCGGUGGACGCUCCAGGCGCGCGUGGCCGGCCUGGUGCCCAUUGAUAACGGCGACAGGGUCGCGGGCCGCGCCGAGGUCGCGCUCGUCAUCGCCCCCGACGCCUUCGCGGGUGACUCCCUCGACGACCGCUGGUCCGUCUGCGCCUGGACCUGGCCCAGCGCCAUGGCUGACGCGGGGUCCGUCGAGACGCUGCGCGCGCGCGACCCGGACCGCAAGUGCGUCGGGGUCCUGGGAGACGGCUGCGCGGCCAGGCUGCACGGCGAUGGGGCCGUCGCGGCGGGCGUCGGGUGCGACGGGUUCCUGAACGGGGGCUGGGGGACGGCGGGGUCGGGGUGCGAGAACCUGACCAGUCCUCUGUCUCAACCGCCCAGCGGCAGUGGCAUCCUUCGCCGGUCGAUCCGCCAGGCCGUCAGCUCCGACAAUGGGUCUUACCAUGUGCUCGCCGCCGCGUCCGUUUCGGACAAUGCUACUGACGAGUCGGAGGCGUGGAAGGGGUACGACCGCAUCAUGACCAACGUCUACAACGUCCUGCUCGUCGUCCACUGGCACGACCGGGACGGGAACACCGGGGGCAACAAGACGUGGUCGUGGAUGCGGUGCCUGCGGGCCACGGACAUACAGGAGGGCAGCAAGGCCCCCGAGUCGCUCGGCGAUCGCCCCGUCCCGGACCAUGGGUCGGUGCUGAGGGUGUCUGGGAGCGGCGUCUUCAUUGUGGCAGCUGCAGUUGCUUUGGCAUUUCUGUAACUAGUAUCAACUUGGACCUUGCAGUGCAACGGGAUGAGGUAGCGUUGGAGCGGUGGGAGUGCCUGGCCUAAUGGCCGAAACAAUAGACCAUUACAAAAAAACAA